AUUUUACAAUGACAAAUUGAUUCAACCAGCUGUGAGAUUUCUAAAAAUUGCGUCUUAUUUGUUACAUUAACAAUCGAUUUCGUGAAAUCUUUGUUUAUUAUCAUCGACCAUUGUAAUUUGCAAUAGUUACAAAGACCUGCAGAGAAGAUGGCAUACGCCUACUUAUUCAAAUACAUCAUCAUCGGAGACACAGGUGUAGGCAAGUCAUGCUUACUACUCCAGUUCACCGACAAAAGGUUCCAGCCGGUACAUGAUCUCACAAUUGGUGUUGAGUUUGGUGCUCGCAUGAUUACCAUUGAUGGCAAGCAGAUCAAACUCCAGAUAUGGGAUACUGCUGGGCAGGAAGCCUUCAGAUCAAUCACACGAUCAUACUACAGGGGCGCGGCGGGUGCCCUGCUAGUGUACGACAUCACCAGACGGGACACAUUCAACCACCUCACCACUUGGCUUGAGGAUGCACGUCAACACUCCAACUCCAAUAUGGUCAUCAUGCUGAUUGGCAAUAAGAGUGACUUGGAAUCCCGACGUGAGGUGAAGAAGGAGGAGGGCGAGGCCUUCGCUCGCGAACACGGCCUGGUUUUCAUGGAAACAUCAGCCAAGACUGCGGCCAACGUGGAGGAGGCUUUCAUCAACACUGCCAAAGAGAUUUACGAGAAAAUACAGGAAGGCGUAUUCGAUAUCAACAAUGAGGCAAACGGCAUCAAGAUUGGUCCCCAGCACUCGACGGCGGGAGGCGCGAGCGGCGCGGGGGGCGCGGGAGCGGGCGGGGCCGCGGGCGGAGGCUGUUGUUAGGUACUGCACUGCACACACUGAGGAGGGAUCGCUGCCCUUUAGAUCGGGCUGAUGAGGAGGAGGUGCAGAUGUGUGCAACGAAAAUUGGUACGAAACUUACUGCAUGCCGGAUUCAUAGAAUUAUUUUAUAUAUGCUACAGAAUAGCUUUCGUCUGACUCGCGUUAUAAUAUAUUACGCCGAUAAGGCAACUUUAUACUUAGUAGAAAUAUUCAAUUACCUUAAAAUAUUACCAUCAUAAUUAAGCCGAAAUCAGAUCCUUAUAUAAAUGAACAACAUUGCAGGCAGAUCUAUCACUAGCAUUCAAUUCAUUUCUUAAUCCCUUUUUACAAUAACUGUUAGGUCCCCUAGACGUGAUGGUAAAUUAAAUCUAUUCUCACAUUUUAUAUCCACUUGUAGUACAAUAUACAUAAGUUUUAUUCGAACGAGUACAGACGGCAGAUAAAGGUUACGCUGAAUGGACCAGAUGUGAGAAAUUAAAUAGUCGUAUGUAAUUCAUAAUAAAUAGAUCCAUCAUACGAAUAAGCUUUUAUGUAAUUUUGUGUGUAUGUAACUGUGUAUAUUUUAUUUGCAUAUGUCAUAGAAAGUUUCACAAAUAUCUCGUAAUCUGGCAUUUAUUUAAACGAUCGUGUUAUAUGUUGUAUAUCAUCUCGUGAUCGUCGUGUUGGCCGAAUGUUGUUGUGCAAGGCAUCUAUGUAUAAUGCCUUCUUUGUACAAUCACCUAUAUUGGCACUUUUUCAGAGGUUUUAACGGCUUGGCCGAGUAUGUUGGUACUCGAUGGAUGAAAAUCUGCACCAAUAUAGGAAAUUGUCUGGAGUGUGGUUAUGUGUCAUCGUCAUUUGGAUGCGACUGAAUGUUCGCCAAAGUAUGCGUCGCGUAACAUUAUAAACUUGUAUUAUAUUUUGUAGCGUUAGCUACACUAUCUAACAGGUACAUUACAUUACAUAUUUAGGUACAUAAUAUAUUGGAAUAUUAGUAAAUGGAAUAUUUUAUUUAUGUCAACAUUUUAAUUUAUGAACAUUCAUCUGUACAAACUGGAAAAUUAAUCCUGUAAAGUGAAUUGUGGUGUACAUGUUGUAUAGUUUUAAAAUUCAUUAAAUUGUGAUUGAUUUCUGGUACCUUCUAUACCUUGCAUCGAAGAAUGGAGACCAAUUUGUCAGCUGUUUAGAUCAAAGUACCAAGUAUGCUUUUAGGUGGUGGCCUAGUAUAAAUAGUUAUGCACAAGAUACCAAUUUUGGAAUGGUUUUGAAGUGUUGAAAUUGUAAUUCUUAUAAAAAAGGACUGCUUGCAAGGUACUGAAAGACAUGAUUACAAAAUAGGUUAUUUUUAAGUUUAGCACAUUGUAAUGAUAUAAUAUUUUGUAAGGUUACAAUAUGCAGACACAUUUGUAAGGUGUAAUUCAUGA